CAGGAAGACGCUCUCUCCUCGCUGAGCGAAACUACUUCUCUUCCUGCUAUUCGUCUCUUGUAAGUUCAACGGCCAAGCCUGUUACCCGGCCUUGGCAACUCUGGAUCUGCUUAUUGUCUGUUGGCCUUCGCGAUGGCUGUGGAAACUGGAAACGACGUUCUCGCCAUCGAUGCGCCCGAAGAGGAGACGACUCCCUUACUUUCGUCCGCAGCUGUAGGGCGAGGCGCAACAAGGAAACCGUGCGAUGAGGAGAACGGUGUUUCUUCCGCAACAGCAGCGUCCGCUGCAGACGAAAGGAGAAAGUCUUUCGCAACACAUGUAUCACCCACAACCGUGGUGUUGGUCCUCGCCGUUGGCUCCUUCGUCGCUCAGCUAGACACAAGCUUUGUACUUGCAACUCAUUCCAAAAUCGCGUCGGAGUUUGGUGAAUUGUCAAACUCAAGUUGGAUUAUCGCAAGCUAUACUUUGGCGAUGUGUGCAUGUCAGCCAGCUUUCGGAAAGGUCAGCGACGUCUUCGGCAGAAAGACAACUCUUAUGGCUGCGUAUUUACUGUUUGCCGCUGGCAGUGUCGUCUGCGGCGCUGCUGGGUCUCUGCCCGGUGUUGUUGUCGGUAGAGUUAUUGCUGGCGUGGGUGGCGCUGGUAUUGGACCUCUCGUGUCCUUGAUAAUUCUUGACCUCGUGCCUCUUCGUGAAGUUGCUAAGUUGCGGGGCUACCUGAACAUCGCAACUACGCUUGGGAGAAGUCUCGGUGGACCGAUCGGAGGCACAAUGACAGAUACAAUUGGUUGGCGAGCGAGUUUUGUCGUUCAGAGUCCUCUGCUGUUGCUCGCUGGCGCUGUCGCCUUUCCUCUUAUUCCUGGGCAACUAACUUCCAAGUCAACGUUUGUGUCAAGACUACGUCGAAUAGACUUCCUGGGCUCCAGUCUUCUUGCUGCGAGUGUGACUACUUUUAUGCUCGUAUUAGAGCUCACUGGGAGAAAAGUCUCCUGGAAUGACACUCUCAUUAUUAGCCUAAUCACGGCUUCGGCAACAACCGGCCUACUGUUCCUAUUCACUGAGAUAUUCUGGGCAGUAGAGCCAAUUUUCCCUCUUCAUUUGCUUCGCAACAAAGAUGUUGUCAUCACAUAUCUCCUGUUCGGGUUACAGAUAUCAGCACAGUUUAGCCUGAUGUAUUGUAUUCCCCUAUAUUUUGAGGUAACUGAGAAUGCUCCCUCUUCAGUCGCUGGAGCACAUUUGUUUCCUGCUGUGGCUGGAAACACUCUUGGGGCUCUACUAUCUGGUUGGAUUAUACACAGAUAUGGACAAUACAAGAUGCUGGCGGUUUUCGCAACGAUAUCAGCGGCUCUAUGUUACACCCUAUUGAUUUUCCGCUGGCGUGGAAACAUAAAUAUAUGGGAGUCUUUGGAAAUCUUCCCGGGAGGAUUUGGUACAGGCAUGGUUGAGUCGGCCGCGUUUAUUUCACUCUCGUCCGCGGUCGACAAAUCCAUGCAAGCCGUAGCUUUGUCCGGCUUAUUCCAGGCGGCGAAUGUCGGUGCAAUCACUGGACUAGCCAUCUCAAGUUCAGUCUUACAGCGAACCUUGCAAGAUCAGCUACAAAGUCGACUGGAUCAGUACUCGGAGAAAAAAGAAAUCAUCGAAAAGGCUAUAUCGGACAUAUCAUACGUGAUGACUCUGACGGGAAGACUACAUGAUAUCGUUGUAGUAUGCUAUUUGAAAGCGUUGGAGCACACCCAUGCUGUAUCCCUGGCGUGUUCUUUGUUCGCCUUGCUGGCAGCGCUGGCAAUCAAACAGCGUAGUCUGUGA